AAAAGAAAAUUACAGGUAGCCCACGACUUACAGUGAUUCACUUAGUGACAAUUCAAAGCUACGACCUCACAGGAAAAAAAAUACCUACAACUGUUUUUGAUGCUUACGACCUUUGAAGCAUUCCCCAGGGUCAUGUGAUCCAAAUUGAGACGCUUGGACACUGGUUCAUAUUUAUGACGGCUGCAGGGUCACCUCUGGCGACGUUUAGACAAGUGAAGGUCCAUGGGGAAGCCAUUAGUAAACUUCAUUUACUAAUUUAAUAACUGCGGUGGUUCAUUUGAGAACCAUGGCAAGGAAGGUCGUAAAAUGGUGGCAAAACUCACUUAACAACUAUCUCGCUUAAUGGCAGAAAUUUUGGGCUCAAUUGUGGUCGUUAAGUCAAGGACCACUUGUAUUGUCUAGGGCCGUGAUGGCAAACCUAUGGCAUGCCUGGCAGAGGUGGCACCCGGAGGCCUCUCUGGGCACACGCACUGGCGCCCUCUUCUCUUCUGGUUUCCAGAAAACCAGGCCGUUUUCUGGGCUGUUUUGGGGGCAUUUUCUGGGUUGCUUUCCGGGCCGAUUUAGGCCAUUUUUCGGGCUCUUUUUGGCCUGAAAACAGCCCAAAAAAUGCCCAAAAGACAGGCCAUUUUGGGGCUGUUUUUCGGCCGUUUUCAUGGCCAUUUUCUGGGUUGCUUUCCAGGCCCUUUUUAGGCCGUUUGUCAGGUUGUGUUUGGCCUGAAAACAGCCCGAAAAAUGCCCAAAAGACAGGCCAUUUUCGGGCUGUUUUUUGGUCGUUUUUCCAAGCCAUUUUGGGGCCAUUUUCUGGGUUGCUUUCCAGGCCCUUUUUAGAACAUUUGUCAGGCUGUUUUCGGGCUGAAAACAGCCUGAAAAAUGCCCAAAAGAAAGGCCAUUUUUGGGCUGUUUUUCGGCCGUUUUCAUGGCCAUUUUCUGGGUUGCUUUCCAGGCCCUUUUUAGGCCAUUUGUCAGGCUGUUUUUGGGCUGAAAACAGCCUGAAAAAUGCCCAAAAGACAGGCCAUUUUGGGGCUGUUUUUCGGCCGUUUUCAGGGCCAUUUUCUGGGUUGCUUCCCAGGCCCUUUUUAGGCCAUUUGUCAGGCUGUGUUUGGGCUAAAAACAGCCCAAAAAUGACUAAAAGACAGGCCAUUUUCGGGCUGUUUUUUGGCCGUUUUCCAGGCCAUUUUGGGGCCAUUUUCUGGGUUGCCAUUUUCAGGCCUUUUUCCAGCCCUCAAAAUGCCCCCAAAACAGGCACGCUUCUGCUGGCCAGCUGGUCUUUGGGUUUCCAGUUCUGGCGCGCCCACAUUCACGCAUAUGGACAUGGGUUCCGGUUUGGCCACGUGAUGCCAAAAAGGUUCGCCAUCACUGGUCUACUGAUGUCUGUGGCUGAAUUUGUAAUAGGACUCCCCAGUGGCAGCUAAACUCCAAGAAGCCUCAGUUUGCACAAUCCAGGCUUAAGGCUGGAGUUGAGAAACAUCUGAAGAGCAUCAUUUAAAUCGCUCUUCUUUUCAGGUGUUGGGCAAGGGCUGACUGGUGACCUCGGACGUCUAAAACCUGCAUUUUAGUCGUCCUCGACUUACAGCAGUUCGUUUAGUGACCAGUCGAAGUUACCGCGGCAGUGAAAAAAGUGACUUAGGACCAUUUUUCACACUCAACGGCCGUUGCAGCAUCCCCACGGGUCAGGUGGUCAAAAAUUCAAGACGUUGGCCAACUGACUUUUAUUUAUGUCCUGGAGUUACGUGAAUCUGUUUUUGCGACCUUCUGACAAGCAAAGCCCCUUGGGGAAGCCAGAUUCACUUAACAUCCACGACACUAACGUAAACCGCUGCGGCCGUUCCUUUAAAACACCGUGGCAAGAAAGGUCGUAAAACAGGGCAAAAAUUCACGUAGCAAAUGUUUCGCUUAGCGACAGAAACGUUGGGCUCCAUGGUGGUCAUAAGUUGAGGACUACAGAUACUUUUUUUAUGCCUGCUCUUUCCCCGAUUUAAAUUCUGCCGUGUAAAAAACAUUCAACGCUGGGUUUCCCCCUGAUAUAUUUCAAGGGAGCCUUCAAAACUCGGCUAUUCACGGUCUUGAAUUUAGUGGUAUUUUUUCUGGCUCGCAGUUGCAUUAAUCUUCCAUUCCUGCAAUUCCAAACAAAUUCCAAACAUUCUGGAGGGACCAGGCCUUCCCGACUGAGGGGGGGGAGCAAACAUUUUUAGCUUCUGUGCCUGUCUGGAAUUGCAAAGCAUUGCACAAAAUGGCAGCCGAGGUAAGGUCUUUCCUAGUCUCAAAAUGGCAGCCAAAAGGCCCAGGAAGUUUAAACAGGGAUUAAAAAAAUCAGCGGUGACUUUUCCUAAUCCCUCUUCCUUUUGUCAAACAGACAUGCAAAUUUCCAAACUGAACACUCAGCCAUAGGGGAACACAAACACAGUUUGGAAAAAGGUACCAGUAGUCCUCGACUUACGACAGCUCUGGAAAAAAAAGGAAUUUAUGACCGUUUUUCGCACUUACGACCAUCGCAGCGUGCUCCUGAUCACGUGAUCAGAAUUCAGAUGCUUGGCAACCGACUCGAAUUUAUGACGGUUGCAUUGUCCCGGGGUCGCGCGAUCCCCUUUGGCGACCUUCUGACCGACAGAGUCAAUGGGGACGCCAGAUUCGCUUAGCAACCGUGCUACAAACUUAACAAGUGCAGGGAUUCGCUUAACAACCGUGGCAAGAAAAGUCGUGAAGUGGGGCAAAGCUCACUUUACAAAUGCUUCACUUAGUAACAGGAAUUUUGAGCUCAGCUGUGGUCGUAAGUCGAGGACUACCAUUAUAGAAACAUUUAACUCUGCCCAGAAAAACAGGAAGGCGGUGAGGAACACAGUCAAAAAUGGCCCACCCUGAUUUCUCUUAGAGGAAGAGAAAUCGUGUUAAAUUAUCCAGAUUUUGUUAUGAUAUUUAGACUAGAUCUGUGUUUCUCAACCUUGGCAACGUGAAGGUGAAUGGACUUUAAGUCCACUCACCUUCACGUUGCCAAGGUUGAAAACAUUGCGGUAACCUGCUGCUUCUCUACAACUAAAUUUUGGUGGCCACACUUGAUGUCGC